AUGGGUUUAACCACUCAAGAUCCAGUCCCACCUCUCCUAGUCACAAGGUUAAUACAUGAUCAUUCCGUUAAUUCUCCAUAUUUCGAUCCAAAGAAAACGACCGAAGAGCUUGCUGACAUCGAUUUACAGAGUUCUAUUUCUCGUGCGAAGUAUUUGAUCGGCAACAACAGUGCUUCAUUUUAUCCGACAGACAUCAAGUCUCAACUUACUCCUACAUUGCAACGCGGUUUUCUUGCAAACUUGAAAGUUGGAGAACAAUUCACCGACCAACUUGUUUAUAUGGACACUGGCAGCAGCUUGCUAUGGAUAAAUUGUGAGCCCUGUGGUCUAAAUGUGCCUGCACCUCUAUAUCAUCCCCAGGAGUCUUCUAGUUAUCGGAAACAAUAUUGUGAUCAGGAUUUUGAUAUCUGUGAGUCAACUGGUACAGUUAGAACCGAAUGUGACAUUGACAACAUUUGCCUGUACCAUGUACGAUAUGGUAGCGAGGAUUACAGUACGGGACAUAUCGCUACAGAAACAAUCAAAUUUGGAAGGAGCAAGGGAACUCUCAGAAACAUUGUGAUCGGUUGUGCCAGACGCACUUCCUUAUAUGCUAAUGGAGUGCUGGGGCUUGGGGCAAGUGGUUUGUCUCUUAUUACACAGCUACAAUAUUCAAAAUUGUCAUAUUGCAUCGGUAACAUAAGUGAUAGAUCAUAUCCCUAUAACACAUUGGUUAUAGGAAACAGAAUUGAGCUUAUGGGUUACAAAACGCCAAUGAUCAUUGAAGAUAAAUACUAUAUAAAUUUGGAGAGAAUCAAGAUUGGUAAUAAGCAAUUGGACAUUGACCCAGAGAUUUUCAGGAGAAAAUCUGAUUACAAUGGUGGGAUGGUGCUGGAUACUGGCUCAACCUACAGCUUUAUACCACAAGUGGCGUUGGAUCAAUUCGAGGGAGAAACCAUCAACCUCAUCGAUCUUCUUCUGGUUCGCAACUCCUCUAUCAAGUAUCGGGGCUACACAAGACUGUGCUACAAUGGGGUCGUAACCAGAGAUCUAACGGGAUUCCCAAUGGUGCAAUUUCAGUUCCAGGGUGAUGCGACUAUGGAACUAACUGAAGAAAACAUAUUUCAGCAAACUUAUGACGCAACUUUUUGCUUAGCAAUCUUACCAUCGGAGACUCUAGGAACCUCCAUUAGCCUUCUAGGUAAUUUGAUGCAACAGUACUUUUACAUCGCCUACGAUCUUAGAGAGAAGAAACUUUCUUUCCAGAGGAUGGAUUGUAAUACAGUAGAUGAUUAUAUUCAUGAUGAAUUAUAG